AUGUCUAUAACUCUUGAUAACCCACCUGAUGAAACUAUUUCAGAUUUAGCGUUUUCUCCAAGUGGAAAUUACAUUGCAGCAUCUUCAUGGGAUGGUACUGCUCGAAUUUGGGAACUUAAUGAUACUUUUACAAAUCAGCAAUAUAAAUUCAAAGCUAGCGAAAAACAAGAAGCUAUUACGAGAAUUGCAUGGGAUCCUGAUGGUUCCAAGCUAUAUUACGGCACUACCGAAGCUAAAAUUAAGUCAUUAGAUAAUGUUUCAGGUAAAACAGAUGAAAUUGCAAAUUUGGCUCCAUGUGGACGUAUAUCAGGACUUAAGUAUAGUGAAGUCACUGGUGGUCUUAUCGCUGCUACAGCCAGAGGCUAUAUUAUUUUAGUUUUUCCAGAUAAGUCAGAACCAAAGCUCAUCUUCGAUCCAAACGCCAGCAAAACAGGUGCCUCAAGCAUGGCUGAUUUAUCAAUCAUAAAUAUCGCUGUCGGCCAAAAUUAUCUAUUUUUCAUCGGAAACCAUACAACACCAAAGCCCGAUUUAUCCCCUACAGACCAGGUAUUCUACUCCGGUAACUUGGCCCCUGCAAAUGGUAUUUUCGAAGUAAAACCAGUAAAUCAUCAACUUACGAGCCAAUUGAUGGCUUUGGCCGUUUCCCAGGACGACCAAGAGUGGGUGAUCGGAAGUAUCACCGGACAAAUCGAAUAUAAGUCAGAAAACGAUACAGAAACAAAAGUAGAAAAAGGACAUCGUAAUGAUACAACCAAGGACAUGUACGCAGUUAACUGCCUUGCCUUCUCGCCAGAAAGACCAUUCAUUGCUUCUGGCGGCGGAGAUUCUUCAAUUAUUUUCAUCAGCCCAAGAAAUAAACGUUUCAAAGCUAUUAAGGGUAAUGGAAAGACACCAACAGCUAUCGCAUUUAGCUAUACAAAUGGUGCACUUGCGAUUGCAACCGGAUAUGAUUAUUCUCAAGGAUCUUCAGCAUAUUAUAAGUCUAAAGAGCAAAAUGCACCCGAAAUCAUCAUUAAGAAACUCACACAAACAGAUUAUGUAUAA